AUGAAAAAUAAAAACAUCAAUGUUGCUCCUGACCUUAAUCAAAUGCUUCAAAAGAAAGUUAAACUUUGCGAAGAUAGUCAAUGCACUACUCUUUUUAAUGAGAACUCUAAUUCUGUUGAAUCUUUCCCUACCUUAUCAAAAAUAGCAUCGAAAUAUCUGAGUAGACCAUCUCUUAGAGAAAGAUUUUAAUUAAUUAAUGAGACUGGAAACCUAUAAGCAAGCAAAUAUUAUUCUUUAAUUUAAAUCUUAUCAGCUAUUGACACUCAGUUAUUAUUCCUUAAAUAAAGAAGAGAAUCCUUAUUUUGGCCAAAUAUUGUAAAAAGUUGCUAUGACUCUACUUAGCUCUAAGUUACUACUAGAUAACUUUUAGAAAUCUUAGCGGUGUGGUAAUAAAGCUAUGUCAUAAAUUGGGAAAAAUUUGAGAAGUAAAAUGGAAAUUACGAACUUCUGUUCAAAUUCCCUGAUAAAUAAUUGCCUAACUCUCAAGAAUUGAAUUCAAGAAAAGAAUAGUUUAAGGAGAAGCUUGAAACCUAUUUACAAAUUAAUGGAGAUUACAUAGAACCAUACAAAUUACCCUAAAAACCAUCACUUUGUAAUCCCAACAUUAAAUAAGAAACAAAUCAAUAAGUUAAAAAUGAUUCUGUACAAUUUAGUUAAUUCAUUAACAUUUCCAGAAUAUUUUAAGAUAAGGAAACAUCAAAUGAAUCUAAGCCACUAUCCAAUGUAUCUUAAAAACUAAUUGAUAAACUGAGAGAAAGGAAACUAUAAGAAAAAUAAAAGUAAGAAGAAUCCCAAGAUGACAAAUAGUUAUCCUCAAAAAAACAACAAGUCUUAAUUGCUACUAUGCUACAUCAAUACUAUUAAUAAAGAGAUGUAUCUAAUAUGUUCUUCAGUAAUGUACUUAAAUAUAUUCAUGAACGCAAUUCAAAUGUUCUUAUGAGUAAUGAAUAAAUAAAAACAAUGAUAAUCAACCUUACUUAAUCUGUUGAUAAUUGGCUCCAAUUAAUUGAUAAUUCUGGAGGGUAAAUUCUUAGAUUAAACAAAGAAAUUGAUUUACCAAAUAUUAUCAACUAAUUACAAUGA